AUGUCCGACGACAAGAAGAAACGCAUUUCGUACUGGUACUUCGGUGGAUUGGCUAGCGCUGGUGCGGCCUGCUGUACCCACCCGCUGGACCUGCUGAAGGUCACGUUGCAAACGCAGCAGGAGGGAAAGAUUUCACUGCUCCAGCUCACGGGCAAGGUGGUACGUACGCAGGGCGUGCUGGCACUGUAUAAUGGCCUUUCGGCGUCGCUGCUCCGUCAGCUGACAUACUCGACGACACGGUUUGGAAUUUACGAAGUUGGCAAGCAAGCGAUGGGCAACGACUCCGGGUUCCUGGGCAAGGCUGCACUUGCUGGAGCUGCCGGUGCUGCUGGUGGUUUCGUCGGUACGCCAGCCGACAUGGUGAACGUUAGAAUGCAGAACGAUAUAAAAUUGCCGGUCGAACAACGACGAAACUACAAAAAUGCCGUCGAUGGUUUGUUCCGGGUGUACCGUGAAGAGGGUUUCGCAAGGCUCUUCUCCGGUGCAUCCACUGCCACAUCGCGUGCCGUGUUUAUGACCAUCGGCCAGCUUUCGUUCUACGAUUUGGUGAAGGAUUUGCUGUUAACAUCUGGUCAUUUUGGCGAUAAUCUCACCACCCACUUCCUGUCCUCGCUAACGGCGGGCGCGAUUGCUACCACACUCACACAACCGCUGGAUGUGCUAAAAACGCGUGCCAUGAACGCAAAGCCGGGCGAGUUUAACGGCAUCUGGGAUAUUGUGCGCUUCACCGCACGGCUCGGCCCGCUCGGGUUCUUCAAGGGGUACGUGCCGGCCUUUGUGCGACUGGGACCGCACACCAUCCUUACAUUCGUCUUCCUGGAACAACUGCGCAUGAACUUUGGGUACUUGAAGCCAUAG